AGUGUGUUCAUAACUUUAUUCAGAAAGUUUUUCACCUUUUAUACCCACUUUCAGAAUGGCGUUUAAUACCGAAAAUUUUCAACUUUCAUUGCAGAAUCCCCUUGAAACUGCUAGAUUCGCUGUGGAGAAAAUAACUGACACAUUUCUAGGUCAAGAUAAUAAAAUUUAUUACAAAGUCAAAUGGCAAGAAACCUGGGAGCCAGAGGAGCGUCUUAUGUCAUUAUGUGCCCAAUUGGUUAAUGAAUUUUGGAAAGAAUAUUAUUCUAGAACUCAACAACAACAACAACAUCAACAGCAACAGCAAAGAGAGCAUCAGUUGCAGCAGCAACAAUCUGCAAUUCAUCCAGCACCACAAGUUGGGCUUCCAUCACAGGAGCAUUCUCAGUCUCAGUUACAACCUACUCAAGUUCACCAACCACCACAUAGUAUACAACAAGGACAACAUUUAAACCAAUUGCUUGCUGUACCUAGUUCUUCUGGUUCAAAUUUACUGCCACAACAUUCUACCGUUGCACAAAAUGUAUCACUACCACACGUUCCAAUACCAGAACAAAAUCAGACACAAGAGGUGCCAACCAAUAUUCAGCAGCUACAAGGAGUUGCAGAUUUUCGAAUACAAUCAAAUUCUUUGGAAAAAAGGUCCACCCAUGUUUUUUUGCAGCCACGGUUUUUAUCCAACAGUAUGCUUGCACCACGUUUUCCUUUUAUGCCUAAUUUUGUGCAUUCAGUCCCUCCACCAUCAAAGGCAUGUAAUACUCAGGAUCAGUUGCAAGGCUCAGCAAUUGUGCAAGAAAACGUGGAAAAGGUAAAGAAAUACACUUGCAUUAGCUGUGAAAAAGUGUUCACAACAAAACAAAAUUUGAAGAAGCAUGAGUUACUGCAUCACCAAGCUGCUACAUCACUUUGUUGUCAAACUUGUGGUAAAAAAUUUGAAAAAAAGACAGCUUUGACAAGACAUAUGCUGACUCAUACAACCAACCGUCCACACAUCUGUUCAGAAUGUGGUAAAGGUUUUAAGGAGAGGUCAAACUUGACCAAGCAUCUUAUUAUUCAUACUGGUGCAAGACCCCACGCUUGCGAUGUCUGCAAUGCUCGAUUUCGCCAACUCGGCCAUUUACUUAAACAUUUGUUGGUUCACAAGUCGGAAAAGCCACACAAAUGUAAUAUUUGUUUGAAAGGUUUUAAAAGAAAAGAACACUUGAAGGAUCAUUUAAUUAUUCACACUGGUGAUUAUCCGUAUCAAUGCGAAGUUUGUGGGAAAAAAUUUCGCUUUAAAACCAAUCUUAAAGUCCACAUACUUCAGCACAAUGGCCGGAAAGAUUUUGUUUGUGAUGUGUGUCAAAAAGCAUUUACUGGAAAAGCCAACCUAGUGCAACAUCGAUUAAUACACGAUCCUGAUUAUAGUUUUAAUUGUAACGUCUGUUCGAAGAAAUUUCGUAGGAAAGGUCAUUUAAAACGUCAUAUGGAUAUUCACAAGAACGAGCGACUUCUAACUUGUGUGUUUUGUAAAGAAACAUUUCCUAAUAGACCAACUUACCGUAAGCAUUUGUUAGUUCAUACUGGCUCAAAACCGUUUGUUUGUACCACUUGUGAUAAAAGAUUUGCAGCAAAAUCCUAUCUUACCCAGCAUAUGCUUACUCACACUGAGGAACUUUCAUUUUCGUGUGAUAAGUGUGACAAAAAAUUUGGUUCGGAAUCAGCGCUUGCAAAGCAUGCCCUUAUACAUUCUAUCACAAAACAGUUUUCUUGUGAAAAAUGCAAUCGCACGUUUCGAUACAACUCAAACUUUAAAAAACAUGAAUUAAAUUGCAAUGGUGUGAAGUCUAAGGAUGUAAAAAAAGCAAAAAGUGAAAGUUUGGGUGAAGAUGAAGUUACUUCACAAAACACUAUAGCUGACUUGUCAGAACAAAAAUCUUACCAAAGCAAGAAUGAACAGCUGAAAGCUGCAGUGAACAACUCAACUGAGGAAAACGACUUUAAUAAUCAUUAUCAAAACAUAAUAAGUGAGUUUCAUAGUCAAUCUCAACUACCAUCUAACAUGAUGGAUGCAUCGACUGCAGUUUCUGAAGUAGUAAACAAAGAAUGUGUCUUACAUGUAGUUCCAAAUGAAAACUUAGCAAAACAAAUGGAUAAAAAUCAAAAUGUUAAGUCAAAUGAUAAAGUUAGUACUGCUGUCCAUUUUGAAAGCUUGGUGUUGCCUGAAAGCAUUGUAAAACAAGGAACGUUUUCAGAGCAAAGUUGAUUAUACUUUUGUUUAUCACAAACUAUGCAAUUCAAAAUUUUAGGCAAAUUAUGUUUUUACAAAAUUUAUAACAACUAUUUAACAUUCUCAAUACGUUUAAUGCAUUGUCGUAGAUUUAUUUUACUCUAGACCCAAAACAAUUUCUUUUCUUUCAACGUUAUAUUUUCAGCAUUGUACAUGAGAUUCUGCAAGUCUUAUGAAUUUUUUUUGUUCAAUCUCAUCCAGUAAUUGCCAUCAGCAAAUAAUUGCUAGCUUAUAAAUGCCGACAAUUAUAUUGGUAAAUGUAGAGUGCUGACGUGAAUUCAAAGGCUGUAUCAACAUAAUAAUUACCUGCAGUGUUGUUACAUUGAUUAUCACUAUAUUAACCAAAAGCUCUUUUUUAGGGUGUCCUCAGAAUUAGAGAAUUUUUUUUUUAAUUAUUGGUGUAUAAAUUUUUUGUCUUUUAAAUACUUAAUUUUAAUUUAUUUAUUAGUACUAUGUCUGUUUAAAUUUAUUGCUUGUCUUCUUUUGUUUUAUUUCUUUUAUACUUUUUGUCGACAAGUUUGCACUCCUUAAAAUCUGAUAAAUUUGUUAUUUUGUUUUAUUUCAUACGAGGGAAUAGUGUAUUACUUUUAUUAUAAUUUUUAAUAUCUUUUUACUAUACAAAGAUAAUAUUUAUGAUGGCUCUUAUUGGUUUACAUAUUACUAGGUUCCAUGUUAAGAGCUACCAUUUGAUAUAUUUGCAAGAGCCACCAAAAUCUAAAAAAUAGCACAAAUUAAGGCAAGUUUAAUAAAAGCCAACAAUUUUUUUUAAUCGAAUUAGGAAUUGUUAUUUAUUUUGAUUUAAACUAAUUUAUACAUUGGCACAAUGAUACAAGCACAUGGAUAGUACACAAUUAAAAAAAUAUUUUUUAUUUUUCUACGUAUACCCCCAAUGUUUAACAAGAUAGAGGAAUGUGGUAUAUAAAAUAUUUAUGACGUUAAUAUUUACCAGAUAUUAGCCAGUUUUGAUGUUGUACUGUGAAAUCCAAAUAAGUCAAAAGCUCAGACUGAGAAAUUCAAUUGAA